AAUUAAAUGACUUGUAAAUCCGAGUUGAUUGAACUUAAAAAUUUAAGGUAGCAAAGAAUUUUUUAGAGUGAACAAGUAAACCAAAACAACUGUGUUAAUUAAAAUGGCCUGUAAUUUUGGGAUAUGGUAGAGGGUUGAACUGCUAUUAACACAAUGAAAGCAUUGUGCAUUACUUUAUAGCAAAGCUAGAUUUAUUAAGAGUUGCUUGCACUUUCUUUGCAUUUACUUAAACGAUUUUGACUAAAACUAUCCAUAACUUUAGCCUGCCACUGCAUUGUCAUUAGCAAAAUGACUAACAUCAUUCCCAAACGGAGUCGAUUGCUGAUGAUAAUUUCACCUAAUGGGAUCAACAGGGUCGUCUGUGGAGCGCACCUCUGUAAAUUACUCCCAGCAUGGGGCGAUGGGCCUACAGGGGCAUUAUGAUGGUGUAAAUGGGAAUCUGUUUGUCCAGUGACAGGAGGGUGAGGUCAACAACAACCCUACAUGCUCCACUUGUCUAUCACUUGUUUGUCUUUUGUCCAGAUCUUUCUCCUCCGUGUUAGCCUGAAUUGAGGUGAGAUUCUUGUCUUGGCCUAUUGUUAGGGCCAGUUUGUCAUCCUAUUAGUGCUGAAAACCCCGCCCCUGUUACGCUUUUCACUCCUGUUGUUGACAACUUGUCUGUGUACGUUUGUGGUGGGGGGAGCAGGUACGUGCAAUUCAGCUAAUCCAUCAACUACUAAUUGUCUCCUCAGUUAAUACAAACACAACAGCAGGAGAGAGAGAGUGGACGAGUAAGUAUAUAUAACCCAAUGUAGAGAGAGAGAAAGCAGAUUAUGUGGAGGGAGAGAGAAGAAGACCUACAGAAACUGGGAUCUCUACAUAUUUCCUGUGAGUGUUAGAUAAGACCACCCUGCGUAUUCACUUAGGUUAAAAUUUGACCUCUUCCCACAAUUUGGACAAGGUUGUUUUUUAAAGAAAAGCACAAAGAUGUGGAUACUGCAGGUCUUGUGGGUUUCCUUGUGCGUGCAUGCUGUUCAGGCGAGGAUCUGGGCCUGGAUGUUGUCUAUACCCUACAGUGCAUCUGAAAAUGGACCGGUGGGGCCAAGAGACAGGGAAGCUGAAAUUUUCCCAAGCAACCCUAAAGGAGACAUGGUAACGUGCGAGCACGACCGUGCCUGCGGUAGGGGAUUCUCUUGUGACCGCCAUUUCGGCCUAUGUGUCCCUCUAAGGCAAGAGGGGCAAUACUGUAGACGAGACGCUCAGUGUGUGCGAGGACUCAGCUGCAUGUUUGGCAGGUGCAUCAGAAGCGUUCCAGAUGGCCAGGAAGGGGCUCGGUGUAAACUCGACAGAGACUGUGGUGAAUCUAUGUGCUGUGCCCGACACCAUGGUGAAAGAGUCUGCAAGCGGCGACUGGUGUUGGGCGAGAGUUGCUUUGUGCCUGAUGGUGGAUUGGCUUUCAGCAUCAACCAGAUCUGCCCAUGUGAAGAAGGUCUGCUGUGCCGUGGUCAUGGAGAACCAAUGAAAAGAGAGAGAGAAUUUGUAUAUCAUCCAGACUCCACAAGCUGGACUUGUCAGGCUCCUAAAUCAUGAAAACCUCACAUCUGUUUCACUUAUUAUGCCAUUGCUUUGUGUAAAUAUAGUGUUUGUAAAUUAUUGUAUAUAUCAAUA